GUAACAGAAUCGAAAUAAUCGACUGCACACAACUGUAGCACAUGGCUCUCACCUUCUCACCCGCUCUUGGCGGCGUCUCUCUGAUUUGCGGUACCUUUUCUCGUAUUUAUUCUACAGCUCCUUAUCUGUGGCUCUACCAUGGCUCCGCGCGCUGCAUCUGAUAGCCGUCGCCGUCUCCACCUCAUUUAGCGUGUCCUAUGCUCUUUUCAUGCUGUAAAACCAUUUGUCAAUUAUUUUCCUCUUAUAGAGCUCGUAAGGAAAUGGAAGGGAGUUCGGCCGGUCUGGUUUUAGGUCAUUAAUUGCAGAUCUAAUAGAACAUCGGUGCAUGCGAGGGUGCAUCUUUCCCGCAGGUUGCCAUCUUGGAUUUGAUAUGGAGGAGAGUUUCAAUUGGGGCGCCUGCCGCGCCAUACUCGCCAUUCUCCAGUGGUGGGGAUUCAACGUCACUGUUAUCAUCAUGAACAAGUGGAUCUUCCAGAACCUGGACUUCAAGUUUCCUCUGACAGUGUCGUGUGUGCACUUCAUAUGCUCCACUGUUGGUGCAUAUAUUGUUAUAAGGGUGCUUCAGAUCAAGCCACUCAUUGAAGUUGACCCUGAAGAUCGAUGGAAAAGGAUAUUUCCUAUGUCUUUUGUAUUCUGUAUAAACAUUGUAUUGGGGAAUGUGAGCUUGCGAUAUAUUCCAGUUUCUUUUAUGCAGACAAUAAAAUCUUUCACUCCUGCAACAACAGUCAUUUUGCAGUGGUUGAUAUGGAGAAAGUAUUUUGAAUGGCACAUAUGGACUUCUUUGAUACCUAUCGUUGGUGGAAUUCUUUUGACAUCUGUGACAGAGCUCAGCUUUAACAUUUUUGGAUUUUGUGCUGCCAUGUUUGGCUGCCUUGCUACAUCCACGAAGACAAUUCUUGCAGAGUCUCUUCUUCAUGGAUAUAAGUUUGAUAGCAUAAACACGGUGUACUACAUGGCACCCUUUGCCACCAUGAUAUUAGCGUUGCCAGCUGUGGUGCUUGAAGGAAACGGUGUAAUCAAUUGGUUCUACACCCACCCAUCUAUUCAUUCGGGACUGAUCAUUAUUCUCAGCUCGGGCAUAUUAGCCUUCUGUCUCAACUUCUCAAUAUUUUAUGUCAUCCAUUCCACGAAUGCAGUCACCUUCAACGUUGCCGGGAAUCUGAAGGUUGCCGUUGCUGUUCUGAUCUCAUGGUUAAUCUUCAGAAACCCAAUUUCUGCCAUGAAUGCUGUCGGCUGCAUUGUGACGCUCUCCGGUUGCACAUUUUAUGGCUAUGUGAGACAUAAACUACCUCAGCAACAGCCAGGAACACCCCGAAGUAAGAUGGAAAUGCUUUCCCUCAUAAAUGACAAGCAGGAUAAGGCCUAAGCUUCAGCACUCUCCACUACGGCGAUACCUGAAUCGUGAUAAGCAAAAAUUUAUGAUUCCAUCUGCUGUCCAAGGCCACUUAAAAGACUUCUUACCUUGCUAUUUAAAUGAUAAGAGAAAUUGCCAUGUAGUUUUAAUACUAUUUCUCCAUAUUUAUAAAAUGUUAGAUUUGUUGAUGUAGAAUCGAACCAACAGACUGGAGAGGUCUUGCUAACCCAGGACCAGCACAGAUGUUUCCAGCUUCCGCACCUGGCUCUGUACUCUUGCCAGCAUUGGUCCUUGGAUGACAAGAACUUCCACUUCUGCCUGAUAAUCGGGAAACAUAAAACUCAAGUUUUCGAUGAAAUAAAAUAAUGGAUUUAAGAAAAAGCUUAACAGGAA